CGGGGGGCGGGGCCAGGCGGGACCGGGACCGGGACCGGGACCGGGGCUGGGACCCGGCCGGAGCCACGUGCAGCGAGCACCGAGAUGUGGCCGCUCCGCCUGGGCAGGAGGCUGCAGCGCUGGGGGGCCCGGGGGGCGCAGCACGGCCCCGCCCCCGCCCCCGGGCGGCCGCCGGGCUGGACGGGGCAGGAGAGCCUGGCAGACAGCGACCCCGAGGUGUGGAGCCUGGUGCAGAAGGAGAAGGAUCGGCAGUGCCGGGGGCUGGAGCUCAUUGCCUCUGAGAAUUUCUGCAGCCGGGCAGCGCUGGAGGCGCUGGGCUCCUGCCUCAACAACAAAUACUCUGAGGGAUAUCCUGGCAAGAGGUACUACGGGGGGGCCGAGGUGGUGGAUCAGAUCGAGCUGCUGUGCGAGCGGCGGGCGCUGGACGCGUUCGACCUGGACCCCGCCCGCUGGGGCGUCAACGUCCAGCCCUACUCGGGCUCCCCGGCCAAUUUCGCCGCCUACACGGCCCUGCUGCAGCCCCAUGACCGCCUGAUGGGGCUGGACCUGCCCGAUGGGGGACACCUCACGCACGGCUACAUGACCGACGCCAAGAGGAUCUCGGCCACCUCCAUCUUCUUCGAGUCCAUGCCCUACAAGCUUGAUCCCUCCACAGGCCUGAUAGACUACGCCCAGCUGGAGGUGACGGCGCGGCUGUUCCGCCCGCGCCUGGUGAUCGCCGGCACCAGCGCCUACGCGCGGCUCAUCGACUACGGCCGCAUCAAGAGGGUGUGUGAGGAGGUCAAGGCCUACCUGCUGGCUGACAUGGCUCACAUCAGCGGGCUGGUGGCAGCCAAGGCCAUCCCCUCCCCCUUCGAGCACGCCGACGUCGUCACCAGCACCACGCACAAGACCCUGCGCGGGGCCAGGUCAGGGCUGAUCUUCUACCGCAAGGGCGUGCGCUCCGUGGAUAAGAAGACGGGCAAGGAGACCCUCUACGACCUGGAGGACAGGAUCAACUUCUCUGUGUUCCCCUCCCUGCAAGGGGGACCCCACAACCACGCCAUUGCUGCUGUGGCUGUGGCCCUGAAACAGGCCAGCUCCCCAGCUUUCCGGGAGUACUGCCAGCAGGUGCUGAGGAACGCCAAGGCCAUGGCACAGGCGCUGCUGCAGCGCGGCUACACCCUGGUGUCAGGUGGCACCGACAACCACCUGGUGCUGGUGGACCUGCGGCCCAAGGGCAUCGACGGGGCGCGGGCAGAGCGGGUGCUGGAGCUCGUCUCCAUCACUGCCAACAAGAACACCUGCCCGGGGGACAGGAGCGCUCUGACCCCGGGGGGGCUGCGCCUCGGUGCCCCUGCUCUGACCUCCCGCCAGUUCCGUGAGGAGGAUUUCCAAAAAGUCGUGGAGUUCAUCGACGAGGGCAUUACGCUGGCCCUGGAUGUCAAGAGCAAAACCAGUAAGCUCCAGGACUUCAAGACUUUCCUGCUGCAGGACCCGGAGGCGCAGCGGCGCCUGGGCGACCUCCGCCAGCGCGUCGAGACCUUCGCUCGUGCCUUCCCCAUGCCCGGCUUCAGCGACCACUGAGGGGGGCUCCCCCCUCCUGCCAGGCUGUGGGGUCACUGCGGGGGGCAGGGAGAGGCUGAGAGCCCCACUCUGCCUUUCCUCCUCCCCCCGUCCCCCGUUUUCACCUCUGGGUGCUGCGCGCGCCCGUCCCGCUCACAGUGUUAGGGCACAGAGAGCCCCCAGACCCUGCUUGGGGUGGGGGGCACUGCUUGUUCCAGCCUCAUCUUGCACUUUUCUAUGGGGAGGGGUUGCUAAUAAAAGUGGGGGCAGAGCCUG